AACUCUUCCCCGGGUGGUUUAGGAAACAGCCGAGAGGCGUCUUGGCGGACGCGUCCACGAUGGCGGCCAGGAAGCCCCGGUCGGUGGCAAACCCUCUGGAGUCUGCGAUCACCACACCCAGCGAGAGGAUACUGAAAGAGUGCCACAGUCUGUACGUCGACAGCGAAAACGGCCUGGUGAAGAUUGCCAGCAGCCUUGGAGUCCAGCUCCUGCCUCCCAGAAAGAAAAUCAUUGUGAUGAUAAUGGGUAACCACUCUGCAGGGAAGAGCUCCUUCAUUAACUGGUAUGUUGAAGAGCACAUACAGAAAACAGGCGUCGCCAUUGAAACACAGGGGUUUACAUUCAUCACAAGUGGUCGCAAAAGAGAAUCAUUGACGGGGAAUGCAACACUACAUCUCUACCCGCAUUUUCGACCCCUCCUUGAGUUCAAAGGCGUUAUGGACUACCUGUCUGCUGAGAUCUCCACCUCCAAGCAGAAGAAGUUCAGCCUGGUGACAUUUGUGGACACUCCGGGUUUGGUGGAUGGGGACAUGAUCUACCCUUUCAAUGUCAACAACGCCAUCACCUGGUUGGGAGAACAGGCUGACUUGAUAUUUGUGUUCUUCGACCCGAUGGGCCAAGCACUGUGCAAACGCACACUCAACAUCGUGGAGAAGCUGAGUGAGAAAUGUGGAGACAAGCUGUUGUUUUACCUCAGCAAGGCAGAUGAAGCUGGGAAGGAAACAGACAGACAGAGGGUGAUGAUGCAGAUAGUCCAGGAACUCUGUCGUCGUCCAGGUCUCAACAAAUGUGGUUUUGAGAUGCCGACUAUAUACAUCCCCAACCCACAGAAGCCGAGCAGAUGUGUGAACCAGAUCGAUGGGGUUUGUCAGACCAUCGAGAAGACCAUCAACCAGGCUGUUCAGAAGACUUUGGAUCAGCUGGAGAAAGACUGUGACCUUAUUUGUUCCACCAUCAGCAGCAGACUAGAGCAGGACAGGGCUGACGUGACUUACAGAAAAAGUGUCCUUCUUCACUCCCUCUUGUGUGGGGCUCUGGGCUUUUUCCUUCCUGUCCUCUUCAUCCUUAGUUUAAUUGUGAACACCUUCUCCAAAGAGCAGCUGGAUGAGCUGUUGGGUGAAAGCCUGGGUUGGACCCUCACUGUCAUCUCAGGAGUAGUAAUGUUUUUAUGGGACUGGACACCAGAAGACGGACAAGUAGUGUUUGUGAUCAUUCUGGGGGCUUUUUGCUCCCUCCUGCUUUUCCUAUCGAAGCAUUUUGCACGCCAAGGGAUUAAGACUCUGACGAAGAAGGAGAAGAGGACGUUGGCAGAGUACAGUGAUUAUAUCCUGGAUAUUGUCAAAACCAAGAAGAGUAAAUUGUAUGAAUGGUACCUUGAGCAGUGUGCAGCAGAAUAUGAGUUCUGACCUCAGUCGGCAGGUGUAACCUCUAAUGUCACCGAGAUCACCACCAACAUUAUCAUCUCAAGAGUUGAUAAACGAACAAGUGCCUCUGUCAUUGAGUUCAGGAGAAACUGUGAUUGUAGUUGUUUGAGGAAAACAAAUUUCAUAAUGUGAAAAUAGAUUUUAAAAAUUUUGUAGUACACAAAUGAUGUUAGAAAUAAGCUAAGUGUUUACAAAUUGACUUUUCUUCAUGAGUAACUUGCAGCUGCUUUUACCGACAAGCAUGUUUCUGUAAUGUCCUGUUUAAAGUCUAUCUCACUGUUCUCAUGUAGUCAUGGUCCAGAAAUGUAACCGCACCGUCCUGAAGUCUGUCAUGUUACCAGAAUGUGUUUUCAUUCUGCCUGUUAGCAAUAACUACAAUAACCAAUGCUGCAAUAACACUUGGGCAUUAUAGUCGGACAUUUGAUCAGACAUUUUUAUACAGCCAAUAAGACUUAAGGUUGCAAGCUUUCUCCUGCCUCCAAAGAGUCUGUCCUACAUUUGGACAAUUUUGUUGUGUGAUUUGUAUAGCCAUCUUCGUCAUGUGAGUGUAUUUACAUAAACCGCAAUCAAGACUGGUGCUUUAAGUUCUACAACGCUGCAAUAAAAAACUGGUGACCAGUGAAGUCUGUCACUGCACUGAUGUGUAUCUCCUAGUUGUGUUAAUGAGCACUGAACCCUUCGUGUUGUCUGUAGAUCCACUGAACUUGUUUUAUGACGACAUACACCGUUUAAUGCCUUCACUGCAGUGUUUGUAGAUACAUUCAUUAUUCUCAACAGGUUGUUUUGAGUUGCUUUGUACAAGGGAUGCACCGAUCCAAUAUACCAGAUCUGUACCAAGGCCGACUGAUACUCACCUUUUUAAGUGGAUGGGGUAUCGGCAAUGGCAUGACUGAGCCACAGUUUUCUUUGUCAGAAAGAAAACUCUGUCAGUUUUUUCAUUAUGUCUUAAAUUCAUUCAGUAAUGGCGGCCCGUCGGCUUUUCAAAUUUUGGGGGAAAAAAAAGAGCACUUGGAUCGGUGAACCGUGUCGGCAGGGACCCUGAGUUGAGGUAUCAGUAUCGGGAGAGGAAAAGUUGAUCGAGGCCUCCCUACUUUAUACCCAAAAAAAUGUUGAAUAACCUCUACAGGGUGCUUGUUAUUAUUGUAUUAUAUAAUAAUAUAAUAAAAAUUUUAUUGUAAACAAUGUCAAUUUGUAUGUGUGUGUUAGAUGCCCCCCAGGUAUCCUCCUCAUUUGGGAAUUCAUGUUUUAUGAGAUAUUUCAUUUAUAAAUUUGUGAAAAUUGUGUGUGAAUUUAUCUGUUCUUAAAAUGAUAUUUAUUGACUGACACCUGGACUCAACAGACUUGUUUAGAAACUUUUUUUAGUUAAUGUGACUCAAAGAAUGAAAUCUGAAAACUAUGCUCUGUCACUUCCUUGAAAAUGAUUAAACAUU